CCAACCACUCUCGCGAUCCCAACUGAGUCUACCCCGCCGCCGCCGCUUGAUAGGUCUGCGACCGCAUUGCUUCGCCUCCUCAUACGCAUUGCCCCCGUGCGCGCCUGCAACCUACUCUCCUCGCAAAAACAUCCUUCCGAUCGCAACCCAUCAUGGCACCCGUUCAGAUCAGCGAGGUUAAGGGCAAUAAUUCGCGCGAGAACAGAACUGCCGCGCACUCCCACAUCAAAGGACUAGGCUUACGACCUGAUGGCCGCGCCGAUCAGACCAGCGGGGGCUUUAUUGGGCAGACUGCUGCGCGAGAGGCAUGCGGCGUAGUAGUCGACCUCGUCCGCGCGAAGAAAAUGUCUGGCCGCGCCGUGCUCCUCGCGGGUGGCCCUGGUACAGGGAAAACAGCGCUCGCGCUUGCUGUGAGCCAGGAGCUGGGUACCAAGGUGCCGUUUUGCCCGAUUGUGGGGAGCGAGAUAUACUCUGCCGAAGUUAAGAAGACGGAGGCGUUGAUGGAGAAUUUUAGACGCGCGAUAGGCCUCCGCGUCCGCGAAACAAAAGAAGUCUACGAAGGCGAAGUCACAGAACUGACGCCCGAAGAGGCCGAAAACCCGCUGGGUGGCUACGGCCGCACCAUCUCGCACCUGCUCAUCACGAUGAAGUCCGCGCGCGGUACCAAGAAGCUACGGCUCGAUCCGUCAAUCUACGAAGCCAUACAGAAAGAGCGUGUGCGGCUAGGCGACGUCAUCUACAUCGAGGCCAACACCGGAGCUGUUAAGCGCGUGGGACGGUCAGAUGCGUAUGCCACAGAAUUCGACCUCGAGGCCGAGGAAUACGUCCCUAUACCCAAGGGCGACGUGCACAAGAAGAAGGAGAUCGUGCAGGAUGUCACGCUUCACGAUCUCGAUGUCGCGAAUGCCAGGCCGCAGGGCGGACAGGACAUCAUGAGCAUGAUGGGCCAGCUGAUGAAGCCCAAGAAGACAGAAAUCACAGAGAAGCUGCGACUGGAGAUCAACAAGGUUGUCAACAAGUACAUUGACCAGGGCGUCGCAGAUCUUGUUCCGGGUGUGCUGUUUAUCGACGAGGUCCACAUGCUCGACCUCGAAUCUUUCACCUACCUCAACCGCGCCCUCGAAUCCCCCCUCUCCCCUCUCGUCAUCCUCGCCUCCAACCGUGGCGCCACCCGCAUCCGCGGCUCCGACUCCCUCCCCCCCAGCGCCCACGGCCUGCCCCCGGACCUCCUCGCCCGCCUCCUCAUCAUCCCAACCCACCCCUACACGCCGCCCGAAAUCCGCUCCAUCAUCCGCUCCCGCGCCCGCACCGAAGGGCUCGCCGUGUCGGAGCCCGCGCUAGAAAGAGUAGGCAAGCUGGGCGAGAGCGUAAGCUUGAGGUAUGCGCUGCAGCUGCUUGCACCGGCGAGUGUACUAGCGAAGGUGGGCGGGAAGGAAGGGGGCGUUAUUGGAGUGGAGGAGGUGGAAGAGUGCGAGAGUCUGUUCUUGGACGCGCGGAGGAGUGCAGCGGUUCUGGGGAACGGGGAGGGGUAUAUUGCUUGAGCUUGAAGCAUUAGGCACGAGUAAUAGCUUCAAGUUCUGAGUCAUGGUUUGGGAGGUUCUAGGGGGAGUUCGGUGUACUACUACCUAUCUAGAAUUCGGGAACCAAAAUGGGACUGGUGGUGCAAAAUGAACACACUUUUAAGCGUCUUUUGAGAUGGCGGAGUGCGGAAGUUGAAGUAGGCUCUCAAGUGCUUUUGGAAUGACGCUCAGCUUCGAUGAUUGGGUUUGAUGUCGGGUCUUUGGGCUAUUCGAGAUACUUCAAACUUGAUUCGCAAGGACUUUUUUGGCGUCGUUCUCGAUGUCUUUGAGAUAUUUUCGCUCACGUGACUGUGAAACGGAGGACAACAGAUGUCGAUUCUACGUGGAAAUCCUAGCUAGCUAUAC